UGCUUAAGUUGGCAACGGGAAUCGUUGUUAUCAUUUUAGCGUUUCCCCGUCUCAUUAUUUGAUAAAGGCCAGAAGGGUAAAGAUGGCGGCCGAGUACAAUACAGUGCUAAGAUGGACUGUUUUAAUUGUUAUUUUGAGUUGUGCCGACUCGGAAUCGACGGAUAUCGAGUUGGACGUUAAAGCCCAGACACUUCACAGGAUAGACAGCCUCAACAUAUUGCUCUACACGAUACUUCUGACUGCCACAGUUCUUACGAUAUGGUUUUUCAAAAAGAGCAGAUUGAGAUUCCUACACGAAACCGGUCUCGCCGUCAUUUACGGUCUUAUAAUGGGGUUCUUCAUAAGGUUUGCUGCUGUUCAGACACCUGUAUCUCAUAUGGGCGUUGUGGAGCAACCAGGGGGAAAAUACAACCUUUCAUUACCUCCAGAUACCCUCUGGCUGCACUUCAGCAGCCAGGGGAGCACGCAGCAACUCAACAAAACCUAUGCAUACUCAUUUCGUGGAGGCCUGGAUAAAGUUUCAGGAAAUGAAAUUGACAUCAAGGCUACUUUCGAUCCUGAGAUAUUUUUUAAUAUCAUUUUACCACCGAUAAUCUUCCACGCUGGCUAUUCUUUGAAAAGGAAAUACUUUUUCCGAAAUCUUGGUGCGAUAUUGACAUAUGCAGUUAUUGGUACCUCUAUAUCAGCCUUUGUUGUAGGCGUACUUAUGUAUGGUGUAUUACCUUGGAUAACUGACUUGAAAUAUUCCUUUCUUGAUACCCUUUACUUUGGUGCAAUAAUUUCCCCAACUGAUCCAGUUACAAUUUUGGCAAUUUUUAACGAUAUGAAAGUUGACGUUAAUCUAUAUUCAUUAGUAUUUGGUGAAAGUGUUCUUAAUGAUGCAGUUGCAAUUGUUCUCAGCAGUUCAAUACAGAACUAUGAAAGACACUCCACAGAAGGAGGAGGAGUCUUUGAAUCUGCCGCUUUCUUGCGGGCUGUUGGAGAUUUCAUUGGCAUAUUUUCAUUUUCUUUGAUCAUAGGAUCUUGCAUGGGUUGUUUGACUGCACUUUUGACCAAGUUUACAAGGAUAGGAGACUUCCCUCUGUUAGAAACUGCUCUUUUCGUCCUAAUGUCAUAUGCUACUUUCCUUAUUGCUGAAGCUGCUGACUUAACUGGUAUUGUCUCUGUGCUGUUUUGUGGCAUAUUUCAGGCUCAUUAUACCUACAACAAUCUGACGAGGGAGUCAAGAAAAAGGACAAAACAACUUUUUGAACUCCUGAACUUUUUAGCUGAGAACUUUAUCUUUUCCUAUCUGGGAGUUUCAAUGUUUACAUUUCCAAAACAUCGUUUUGAUGCUGGUUUUAUUAUUGCUGGACUGUUUUGCGCAGCUUUCAGUAGGGCUACAAACAUCUAUCCACUAUCAUUUCUCCUCAAUUUAGGUAGAAAGCCAAAAAUUGCAUCAAAUUUCCAGCAUAUGUUGUUUUUUGCUGGCUUAAGGGGUGCAAUGUCUUUUGCCCUGGCUAUAAGGAAUACAGUGUCAGAGGCAAGGCAAGCAAUGCUCACUACAACAUCUUUGAUAGUUAUUUUCACAGUAAUUGUGCAAGGUGGUGCUACCAUGCAGCUCCUUUCUCUAUUCAACAUCCCCGUUGGAGUUGAAGAAGAGAUGGAGGCCCUACCAUAUGCCUGUGGAAGUCACAAUCUGAAUUAUGAAUCGACUGGAAAUACAAAUGCGGAGGAUGGUGCUACUAGUCCAAGGGGAAGUGGGGAAAAAGCUUGGCUGGCAAAGAUUUGGGGUAAUUUUGAUACUAACUUCAUGAAACCACUGUUGACCCAUGCUAGACCAACACUGCUCGAGACGUUGCCUGUCUCACUGAACACAAUAGCAAGAUAUUUGACUACGACACAACAAAUGUCAUACAGCGAUGCGGAACCUUACCGGUCAGAGUCUGAUUCUGACCUUUGCAUUCAAGAACCUGAUGGUACGAGGGGAACGCAAAGGAACCCAGUAUCCAUAGUUCCUGGACGUAUAACACCAAUUCCUCGCCUUGAUGCAUGAUAAGCAUGACAUCCUAUUAGAUUGUCUAGUAUAAUUAUGAGUCAUUUGAAUUUUGUUUUGGUGGGUAUGGUGAUACAUAUGUGAAAUGUAUCCUGUGACCAGUGAAUUUUUUUCUGUGUGAUAUACCAAUCAACCUGUGAUUUUGAUAAAAAAUAUAGUCGUACAUUUUAUGGGUAAUGUGAAUUUUAAACUAAAAUAAGGUGCAUGCAAAGUAAGAUUAUCUAAGUAGAAAUUGUUAUCCAUUAUUAUUAUUAUUAUUUUAUUUUUUAAUAUAAUUUUUUUUAACUUUCUACAUUAAUGUUGCUUAUGUAUUAUUUUUGCUUAAAGUUGAGCCAUGAAAUGGCAUGUGCUUUUGAAAGCCUGAAUCAGCUUUGAUUUCAUUGUGUAUUACAUUUUUCUAGUCUUGUUAUUUUAUUAUAAUUGAAAUCAACAUUUUGGUUUUUUAUGAGUAUAUUAAUUCAAUGCUUGAGAGUAUUGAGGAAAUUGAAUUUGUUUUAAAAUUCUGAGACAGUAUAAAACCAUGGUGAGAAUUAAUUUGUCAAAGAGAGGGUUCAGUUUUAUAACAUGAAAGUGAUCCAACCAAUGGUAGAUUUUUAUUAUGGAGAAUCAUAAAAUAAAUUAUACACAGCAUUGUUGUAUUAGUAGUCUAGUCUCUCUUAUUAUUUUUGUAGUUAACUGGAUAAAACUUCAACUUAACGAUUUUUGAAAUUUGCCUUUCAUUUUUUUCUUUUAUUGUAUUUUUUAACUACUGCUUUAAUAAUGUGGACCAAAUUUUUGACAUUGAUGUUUCUUAAGCUACAAAUUAAUUAUUUAAAAAAAAUUGUUGCCUUAGAAAUUUUAAAAUUAAAUAAUUUUCAUUUUGUUUUGCUAGGGAAUUUUGAAAGACAAAAGUUACUGUUGUUGACAGUUGAAGUCAAGAGUUCAAAUAAUUAUAAGUUUAGUCACUUUCAUCAAAAUGAAUAUGUUACAUAUAGUACAUUAUACAAAGCUAUGUUAUUUUUCUUUGUGAUAUUUGGAAUAUUUUCUAUUUGUCAGAACCCUUUUUUCUUUGUGUAUUUUAGAAGUUUAUCUCUUUUAUCACUUAACUAUUUUCCUUACUAUUUGUUGGGUUUUUUUUUCUGUUUGUUAUUGAUUUAAUGUAUAUUUUUAUAUAAAAUAGUAAAAUGGAAAGUUGCUUUAUUUUCACCUGCAUGUCCUUGUGUAUGGAUGAAUGUAAACAUAAAUGCAGUGUGUACAAAUGAUAAUUAUUUUAGUCACAGAUUAAAUUAUUUUAAAUACUUUGAAACAUUUUAAUAGUUUUGUAGUAGUAAUAUAUAUUGUUUAUGGGCUGACAAAUAUUUAUCAUCCUGGCCCUCUGUGCAAAAACAGUAAAUUUUUCUUUUUUUGCCAUUGAUUUUUCUCGUUUUCUUAACUUUCUUACUUUUUGUAGAUACCUCAUACAAAUUACAAUUAAAAAAACAAGAACACAUACAUUUAUACAAAUAUUUUCUCAUAACAUUUCAUUAAUGUUCAUUAUUUUGUUUUGAACAUCUUUCUUAAAACUGUGUUUCUGUUUGUGUACUUUGGAAAUCUUUUUAUUGUUAAUUAGACUAAUUUUACAAUUAUAGGUAAAAGAAAGGGAUGUUAAAGAUCCUUUUCUUAACAAACUAUCAGCUAAUUAUCCUCAUAUUCAAACAAAUUAAUUCGUUAAAUUAACAGUUUAUACAACCCUGAUGACGAUAUGAUUUAAAGCUUGUCAAUAAAAUUAUUUUCU